CAUAACCUCUCUCUCACUUGUCAAAAAGUGAAAUUCUAGAUUCUUAUAUGUAAAUAAUUUUUUUUUAUCAUUAGACGCACUAAUUUUUAUCAUAUAUGAAAAUAUCGAGAUUAUAAUGAAAAUGCAGAGGAAUUUACAGUUAUUGGAAAAACAUUAUUGUUGUUCAUUUCGUGCAAAUGAUUUGAAAUUAUUUUCAAAAUCAACAAAACUGUCAUAAAGGAAAGAGGAUUUUUGAAAAAUUUCUACCUGUGAGCAUUGUUUGGUUUACAUGUAUAUUUUUGUUGUGCAUUUGUUUUUGUUAAAAAGUCGAUUGUCAUAAAAAUCAUCAUUAUGCUGUCACGUAAAAAUAAAGACUUGAGAACAAUUAAGGAAGGUGUUGUGGGUAAAUAUGUCAAGAAAGAGACUCCACCUGAAAUGCCCAUUAUUAACGUUUGGACAACGGAGCCAAACAGAAGGACAAGGAGGCAAAAUAAUCAGCGUACACUUUCAGCUUCAAUGACAAUAUCACAACAACCGAGUAUGGUGCAAAAAUUUGGCAAUACAAAAACAACAAUGAGCGCAGUGGGAUUGGGAAGUCACGAAGGGAAAUAUACACCGAACAGUUCCGUUCCUGAUUUGGCUCAAAGAUUCGCGAGUCUUUCGGUUCAUUCGGGUUCGAGUGACGGAAUGUCGUUAAGAGCCGCGACACCUUUAUAUAAUCCAGGAUUAUCGCCGGCAAUUUCUCACACCUAUGUCAAUCAAUACGCCGGUUCCGAGUACCAUUUGGACCGAGUUCAAACGCCCCAGUUGCCUCAUCUUCCACUCGAAAUUGACGCCGGUUACGAAGAUUUUAAUCAGUUGCCUUAUCGUCACAAUACUGGCUACAGUAGAGCGCUCUCGGAGAGAUCCAGUUCAAGAAAUGAACAAACGGAAGAACUUCCCUUGCCGCCGGGUUGGUCAGUGGAUUUCACACUUCGCGGCAGAAAGUAUUAUAUCGAUCACAACACGAAGACAACUCACUGGUCUCAUCCUCUGGAAAAAGAGGGGCUACCCACCGGCUGGGAGAGAAUCGAAUCUCCCGAAUAUGGAGUUUAUUACGUAAAUCAUAUUACAAGACAAGCACAAUAUGAGCAUCCGUGUUAUCCGCUGGACAUGCAAGCGAUACGUGUUGUCUCACCGCCGCGACACACACAUUUUCACUCGCACAGUGUUUUGGUCCCGGCAAAUCCCUAUUUGCAUGAGGAAAUUCCCACGUGGCUGAGAGUUUACAGUCGUGCCUCCAUCUCCUUGGACAGAAAACUCCGAUGGGAAUUAUUCCGCUUACCCGAACUCGACUGUUUCAAUGCAAUGCUGACCCGACUCUAUAAGGAGGAACUCGAGGAAGUCGUGAUGCGAUAUGAAGAAUAUAGAUCCGCACUUUUGUGCGAAAUGGAGGAAAGAUUAAAAGAAUUGCAUCCGGAGGCGAAUGACGCAAAUGCCGGUGCAAUCGCAUUACGUCGAUCUCUACCUUAAACAUCGAAGGAAAAUCCCAAAAUCAUCGACUGAAUAAGUGCCUCUUAAAAUGAAAAUUUAUCUGAAAUUGAAAACUAGUUAGUAAAUACAGUAAAUUCUGAAAAUUGGGAAAAUUGUCAAAAUAGUUGAAAUUAAAAAAAGCUUAUCAAUAUUGUUUAUUUUCAAUUAAUUGAAAUUGAAAAAAGGAGAGAAAAAAAAGGAAAAAAAGAUUUAUUCCAAUUUAAGCUAUCAGCGAACAAAUCGAAAUCAAAUCACAUUUCGUUAAAUAUAAAUAAUUAAAGUUUAUAUAAAAGAAAUAUAAUUAAAAGGAGAAAUUGAUAAUUAUUUAGAAACGAAAACGUCCGAUAAAUAUUCUUCUAUUUAAUUAAAAUGUGAUUUUACUACAAUUUUUUUGUAUAAAUAAUCGAAGAGCAUGGGAUUUGUUGCCUAAAAAGAUAUAUAUAUUUUUUUUGUAAGAUAUUUUAUUGAUUAAUUUCUUAAC